AUGUCUCCGAAAUCAGUGGUGGUAACUGGAUCCAAUCGGGGAAUCGGAUUCGGGUUGAUCCAGCAGUUUCUGAAGGAUCCGCAGGUGGAAUGUGUGAUUGCCACGGCAAGAGACGUCGAGAAAGCAUCGGCAAGUUCGGUUGACUUGCUGUUCGUAAUAUGUGAAUCAUUUCAGGCACUCAAAGCUAUCAGCGAUCCACGUCUUCACAUUCUGCAACUGACUCUUGAUUCCGAUGAUUCCAUCGCUUCCUUCGCCGAAAACGUUUCCCAAAUUGUCGGCAAAAACGGACUGACUCUACUCGUGAACAAUGCCGCCGUCAUGCUUCCGUACGUGACAAAACAAGAGCCGAACCGUCAGAUCGUGAACGAUCUCUUCCAAACGAACGCAAUCGGCCCGAUGAUUCUGACGCAGAGGCUCGUUCCGUUGAUCGUCAGAGCUGCUGCGGAAAGACGGAACGGAGACAGUGUGUCCAUUUCAAGAGGCGCCGUCAUCAACAUUGCCUCCGAGUUCCUCGGUUCCAUUUCGCAGAACACUACCGGCUCCGGGGAGUACAAAGCGCUCGCCUACCGGAUGACCAAGUGUGCCGUGAAUCAGUUUACAAAGACUCUUGCUGUUGACCUGAAGGACGAUCACGUGCUGGCCGCGGGAAUCUGUCCUGGAAUGGUUCAGACGGAUAUGAGCGGAGGAAAGGGACAAUUGACUGUGAGUUGGUUCUAUUCGAUCCUUUAUUCGAAUUCUCUGCCUUCCAGAUCGAAGAAUCUGCUUCUCAGCUGGUCGCUGCCUUCCAUAAACUUGACGGAUCUCAUACUGGAGGAUUUUUCCGCAGAGACCUAUCCGCUAUCCCAUUUUGA